AUGGCUACUGCAUAUGACUUUGUCGUUAUUGGCGGCGGUACAGCUGGCCUGGUGAUUGCUUCUCGACUCAGCGAGGACCCUAGCAUCUCUGUCCUGGUUCUUGAAGCAGGCGCCGACAUGACAGCAGAUCCUCGCGUGAACAUCCCCAUCUUUUAUGCCGCACUACUUGGAUCUGAUGCUGAUUGGAAAUUCCAAUCUUCCCCUCAGCCGGGCCUCAAUGGCAGAGUGCUUGGUCUCAACCAGGGCAAAGCACUUGGAGGAUCCAGUUCAUUAAAUGCACACGUGUUUGUUCCUCCUUUCAAGGGAGCCGUUGACUCAUGGGAGGAACUCGGUAAUCCUGGAUGGAAUUGGACUAUGUUAAAGGACUAUUUCUCUAAGGCCUAUAACAGUCCAACUGUAGCACAAGGUGCUAAAGAAAACCUAGCAAUCAAGGACUGGCCUAGAUUGAACGAAGCGAAAGGUCCAAUCCAAACGUCUUUUGGUAAUGAGACACACCCUAUUCGCAGGGCAUGGGCCGAACUGUUCCGCAGCAGUGGACAAUACAAUACCGGAGAUCCGUUCAUCCACAGCUCUGUUGGCUCAUUCAGUUGUCUGGCUAGUAUUGACUCGGAGGGUAGGAGAAGCAACUCUGCCUCAGCCUAUCUUAAGCCUGCUGAGCUUCGACAAAAUCUUCAUGUUCUUACGAACUCAUUUGUUGAGAGAGUUCUGUUUGAUGAAAGCAACCCUCCCAGAGCUAUUGGAGUCCAAUAUAAGCUCGAUAGCAUCUCAACGACUGUUCAGGCAAAGAGUGAAGUUAUACUUGCUGCUGGUGCUUUUCAAUCUCCUAAAAUCCUCCAACUUUCAGGAGUUGGUAGAGCAGAACUUCUUGAACAGCAUGGCAUUGAUAUAGUGGUGGACCUUCCUGGGGUUGGGCAGAAUCUUCAGGAUCAUAUGAUAUCGUACACCGCAUUCCAAGCAAAGCCUGAACUUGAGACUAAGGACUCUCUGGUUAGACAAGAGCCUGAAGCCAUUGGUCAGGCAAUGCAGGACUACGCUGCCACGCAAUCUGGGCGCCUAGCAUCACUCGGAGUUCAUACCUACGCUUAUUUACCUCUUCCUGAGCCGGACAGAAGUGCUCUCCAGGCAUUAUUUACGAACGACGCCCCUGAGAACUCACAGCACAGGGCGACAAAAGACUAUUAUGACAUCGCCAAGGCCACUGUUCUUGAUCCCAAACAACCAUCAGCUGCGUACCUGUCCGCCUUAGGGCAGACUAAUUAUUCGAAAGACCUCAAGGACGGGAAUAUCCCAGCUGCUUCACCUGGAAAGUUCGUCACGCUUGGAGUAAUGCUCUCUCAACCGCUUUCUCGCGGAAGCGUUCAUAUUACCUGCAACAACCCUGAAAAGCCCCCAAUCAUUGACCCUGGUUACCUGUCGAAUCCUCUCGAUCUGGAGGUCAUGGCACGGCACUUGCUCCGUAUCAAAAAAUUGGCAGAGUCACCUCAGCUCGGGGAGCUGCUCGAACAGCCACUAAAGUUCCGAGACCCAGAUGCAGACUUCCAGGGAGACUUAGAUGCCGCAAAGAAGUAUGCUCGGGAUAAUUUAGUCUCCAUGUGGCACUUUGCAGGGACCUGUUCCAUGCUGCCUCGCGAGAAGGACGGAGUGGUGGAUUCUAAUUUAAAGGUCUAUGGUAUCGAAGGCCUGAGGGUUGUGGAUGCGAGUGCUAUCCCGCUUGUAAGCACAGCGAAUCUGCAAGCCACUGUGUACGCAUUCGCGGAAAGAGCAGCAGACCUCAUCAAGCAGGACCAGAAGAGCGAGUAA